UAAUUACUAAUGUCACGAUUUUGAAAUAGUAGAUAAGAUUAACACAAAUUUGUAACGUGAAUUAAUUUCAGUCAAUUAACUUAUUUAAAUUAAAAGACCUCAGAUAUUAUUGUGGCUAUCAGUUGUAAAUCGAAAUGAUUAAAUGUUACGUGAGAGAAUGAAGCUAUUAAAAAAUGUAUUUACAAAAGUUGCUCGGUAUGAUGUAAAUACUUUUGUUGUAAAUUGUUUUUUUUUUUUAAGAUUUUCCAGAUCUUUGGAGAUCGCUCAUACCUCCAAAAAAUUUCUUAUAUUUUCGAAUGAAAAUUUUUAUGUUACACCUUCAAGCAUACAUCUUUCGAAUAGGGAACCAUUGACUAUAAAAUACAUCACCGGAGAAUAGAAAAAAAUUCAUAAAGGAGCCCUACCCCCCUAAUUGUUACGUGGAAUGUACAUACACGAAUGAAAAUUAUGUCAGAUCAAAUAGUCCCGAAUACCAUGCCAGAGUUCAACUGCCUACUCGCUCGUAAUACUUCGUCGAACAUUCACCUAUUGUUACAGAUUUGCUUCGAUUUGUCGCGUAGAGGAGCUCGCAAUGAACACGUGUGCAGCAACAAGUUGCAGUGCCGCGCUAUCGUCGCCGCCGCCCACUAUUUUCGCUCAAUUGGUGCAAACGAUUCUUGCAUCGCAGUGCACCUUGGGAAGCGGUGAGGGGAUCUAUCCAGCUGAUCGUUCAGACGAUGUUUCGUCUUCAAGAAUGGAAUUCGAUUUCGUGAUCGUUGGAGGUGGAACGGCGGGUAGCAUUUUAGCCAACAGGCUAACCGAAGUAGAAGAUUGGAACGUCUUAUUGAUCGAGGCUGGGGACAAUCCAAGCAUGGAAAGCGAUGUUCCUGGUUUGACGGCAAUCGUCAUCGGUGGAUAUCAAGAUUACCGUCACUUGACCGAACCCCAAAGAAACGUCUGCCAGAGCAUGAAGAGGAAACAAUGCGUAUGUUCGAUGGGCAAAGCGCUCGGCGGCAGUUCCGUCAUCAACGCGAUGAUUCACAUAUUCGGUAACGACCGAGACUACAACGAUUGGGUGAGAAUGGGUAACGAAGGAUGGAGCUACGAAGAGGUCUUGCCUUACUUCAGGAAAUCGAUCAGUUGUUCACCCGAACAGAUAGCGAUAACAGGGAGGAGGUACUGCGGUACCAACGGCCCCAUGAAAAUUAGGAGUUACAACGCUACUAACAUAGAAUUAAUGAACACCAUGCUAAACGGUGUACGCGAGAUGGGACUAAACGUCCUGGAAUCUUUAAAUGGCGAUCGUUACACUGGCUUUGGAAGAUCUCUAGGUACGCUUGAGAACAAACGACGCAACAACUGUGCGAAAGCAUUCCUGGCGCCCAUCAAAGACAGAAAGAACCUGUUCGUGAUGAAAUCCACCAGAGUAGACAAAAUCCUGUUGAACGGUAGAAGAGCGACUGGCGUGAGAGCCACCUUGAAGAAUGGUAGGUCGAUCGACAUAAGAGCCUCGAAAGAAGUGAUCAUCUCAGGAGGCACUAUCGGCAGUUCAAAGGUGCUGAUGCUUUCGGGUAUCGGUCCCAGGAGACACCUAGACGCGAUGGGAAUCCCUACGGUAGUCGACCUACCCGUCGGCGAGAAUCUCCAUGACCACAUGAUAUGGGCAGGACUUCGCGUAGGGUACGUGAACAGGUCGUCCACUCUUCCACGUCCGACGGUCGCGAUGGACGACACCUACGACUACCUGGUGCACAACGAUGGAUUGUUCACAUCAGUCGGGGGGACCGACGUGAUAGGUUUCGUCAACCUCUACAACUCGUCAGCAAGGUACCCAAACGUCCAGUUUCAUUUCGGCUAUAUCCCAAGGUGGCGCACGGACAUAGCAGCCACAGUUAUAAGCAAGUUCAACGUCGAGGAUGAUCAGAUACGAGAAAUUCAAAGGCAGGUAAUGGACUACGAUAUACUCGCGUGCUUUCCGGUUGUGUUGCAACCGAGAAGUCGCGGUAAGGUGGAGUUGCGCAGCACGAAUCCGGCGGAUCCUCCUAGGAUUUAUCCGAAUUACUUUGGCGAGGCGGAAGACGUGCAAACGAUGGUGAGGUCUGUUGAGACGUUGAGGGCCUUGGUGAACACGAACGCGUUUAGACGGCAAGGAAUGAAAUUGCUGUAUACUAAUAUUCCUGACUGUGCGAAUAGAACCCCCGAUUCGAGGGAAUAUUGGGAGUGUAACGCGAGGCAUCUCGCUGGCUCGCUGUUCCACUUCGUUGGAACAGCUAAAAUGGGCCCUGUAGGCGAUCGAACGGCAGUCGUGGAUCCCAGAUUGAGGGUGCACGGUGUCCUAGGGCUAAGGGUGAUCGAUGCUUCGAUCAUACCCAAAAUCAUCAGUGGGAACACUAAUGCUCCCACUAUGAUGAUUGCGGAAAAGGGGGCGAAUUUUAUUAAGCAAGAUUGGUCUAUAAGCACUCGCGGAGAACUAUAAAAGAUCUGUUUCAGGUAAGUGUCACGGAUAUCUGGCCGUGGAAAGUGAAAGAACGGUUUCUCCAUUAAUCGAGCGAGAAACCCCGCCGAAUUUUUAGAGCUCGAGUGGCGGUGUGUCGUGAAAAAAGGCAGGAGGCACGUAAUGUUUUGCAACCAAAGACUCUACGCAGAUUGUCGUAGAGAGGGAAAGUGAGAUGCCGUCUACGGUGACGUGCGAAAGAAUAUUUCUUUAAGAAGCAGAAUCUAGUUAAUAAAUUUGUUAUUCACCAUCUGGGCUGGGAUGUAUAUUAUUAAUUGAAAAGAAACAAACUUUAUGGUGCGAUUUGAGAUGAUUAAUAAGUAAAUCUAAGUCUGUACCCUAAAAGAAAAAGACUUUCAAUGCAUAUCGUUAUACACACGUUAGAAAAAUGUAAGAUAUCAAUUUCUUGUUAAAAUAUGUUAUUUAGGAUUCGAACAGGAAACUUCCACUUAACGUUCGUGUAUUUGUACUGUUCUUAAAUGUUAUAAGUAUAAAAUUAUAC